GGAUCUGGGUUGCGUGGCGGUGGGGUCUAUCGUGGCUGUUGUACGACCGUAUAAGUUUAAUCCAGAAUGGGUGUUCGUGGUCUCUCAACCUUCGUGAAAAAACACCAGGAUGAAUUUCUUAGCAGGCAUGAACUUUGCAAUGAAGUUGUGGUCAUCGAUGGAGAUAAUCUGAUUUACCGUUUGAGUAGCACAUGUAAAGGCUUAAAUUCUGCUUUUGGAGGAGACUACAAGAAGUAUUCAUCUAAAGUGGAAGAAUUCUUCCGGAACUUGAUGAAAUGUGAGAUCACACCCAUUGUGCUGCUGGAUGGUGGAUCAGAUCCAAGCAACCGCAAGUUGAAAACGGCAUUUAAGAGACUUAAUGAAAAAUUGGAAAGGACAACAAAACUUACCCCAUCAUCACAGGGCAGACAUACAUGUCUUCCACACCUUUCUAAAACCACUUUUCUUGAGGUGCUGCGCCGGCUGCGCGUGUCGCACGCCGUGUGCGACUUCGAGGCGGACGAACCGCUGGCAGCGCUGGCCGCCCACCUCGGCUGCGCCGUCGUCAGCGACGACACCGACUUCUUCGCGUUCGGCGUGCCCUGCGUGCCGCUCGGCUCGCUGGCGGCCGCGCCGGAGCGGACUGACGACGGCCGCUGGUACACCGAAUGCGUGCUCUUCCGCCACGAUCGCUUCAUGGCACACUACGGCCUGAAGCCGCGCCUCAUGCCGUUGUUCGCCUGCCUGCUCGGCAACGACUACAUCAGCCCGGCGGCGCUGCAGAAGUUCUUCCUGCACGUGAUGACGCAGCUGAAGAAGGAGGAGCGGCCGACCGUUCUCGCCCUGGUCCGGCGGUCGAUGGCCAACUACGUCCUGCCGUCCACUGACCUGCUGCAGUGGCUGGAGCUGCCGCCGCACGUCCUGGCGCGGGCGCGGGGCUGCGAGCGCCCGGUGGAGGACCAGUCGCAGGAGCCGGCCUGCGCCUGCGUGGAGCCGCUGUUCCGCUGGAUGGUCGGCUGCGUGCACGGUGCGCGCGAUGUCCCCGUCCACCAGUACCGGCGCCAGGGGGCGGGCCGCAGCUGCGUCCUGGCGCAGGCGGCCAACGUGAACGCGCUGCUGCGCACGCCGCUGCCGCGGCCGCGCCGGCCCGACCCCCAGCUGGUGGGCAACAAGUUCGCCGCCCUGCUGCUGGAUGAGGAUGAUGCAUCUUCGGACGACAGCUGA